AUGGCGAACGAUAUCCGAGAUGUAUUUCAUGCGGUGCUAUUCCCAGAGGGCAGUAGCGCAGACUACGUCCACCAGCCAUCAGUAGACGGGAAGCCUUUGCCGUAUCUACCAUCAGAGAUCAUGCAGCUCAUUUUAGAGAAAUGCGAUACAUCUGCUCGAAAUUCGCUCCGCCAAGUGAACGAAGAAUGCUUCGACUUUGCGACAUCAGCUCUGUUUGAGCAUUUCCAGAAUCCUCCGAACUUCUUGUGGCAUGAGCAGCUAGAGGGACGUAUAAGCACACUCAGGCAUAUCAAGCGAUUCACUUAG